AUGAGCACCAUGACAGCAAUGGAUGCAAGCCAAACAGUUGGAAAUCUGUCCAAUAUUUUCCAAGGAGUAACUGCUAUGGCCCCUUCUACAACCAGUGGAUCAACUGAAGGAUACAAUAUAAUAGGAACAUUUGGGGAUUACUUUAAGCCACAUUGCUGGUCAAAGAAUUGUAAAGAACUAGUUAAUCAUGAAG